AUGCCCCCGCACCAGUUCGUGCCCCCCUCGUCCCGUGGGCGCUACGCCACUGAGCUGGAUAACACGACGGACGAUCACACGCUACUAUGGUUGCUGAACCACAUUCGGCUGGGAAUCCCUGAACUCAUUCUCCAGAUCCGACACCACAAGCACACGCGCGUCUACGCCCUCUUCGUCACAGCUACUUAUGAGAGUUUGCUACGAGGGGCGGACGAGAUUGGCCUGCGGAAACCGGUGAAGGCCGAAUUUGGGGGAGGCACCCGCAGCUUCUCGUGCGAGGAGGAUUACAUCUAUGAGAACAUAGAGAACGAGCUGCACUUUUUCACUUCUCAGGAACGGCAGAAUAUCAUCAGGUAUUGGCUGGAGAACCUGCGAGCCAAGCAAGGCGAGAUGCUGCAUAACAUCCACUUCCUGGAAGGGCAGCCAAUCAUCCCGGAAUUAGCGGCCCGUGGCAUUCUCCAACAGGUCUUCCCCAUCCACGAGCAACGGAUCCUCAACCGGCUGAUGAAAUCUUGGGUCCAGGCCAUCUGCGAGCCGCAGCCUCUGGAUGAAAUCUGCGACUACUUUGGUGUCAAGAUUGCCAUGUACUUUGCGUGGCUGGGCUUCUACACGUCAGCUAUGGUUUACCCUGCUGUUUUUGGCUCGCUCCUCUACACCUUCACAGAGAAUGACCAGUCGUCUUUGCUUCCUCGCCCUCAACCUCACCAGACCAGCCGGGACCUUUGCUGCGUGGUCUUCGCCAUCUUCAACGUCAUCUGGUCCACGCUGUUCCUGGAAGAGUGGAAGCGCCGCGGGGCUGAGUUUGCCUACAAGUGGGGGACGCUGGACACACCUGCGGAGUCCAUCGAGGAGCCGCGACCGCAGUUCCGGGGUGUGAAGCGCAUCAGCCCGGUGACCAACGCCGAAGAAUUCUAUUAUCCUCCCUGGAAGCGGCUGUUGUUCCAGUGCCUGGUCAGCCUGCCCAUCUGCCUCUUUUGCCUGUCCUUUGUCUUCCUCGCCAUGCUGGGUUGCUUCGAACUGCAGGAGUUUGUGCUGAGCAUCAAAGAGCUGCCCCGCAUCGUGCGCUUCUUGCCCAAGAUCCUGCUCGCUGUCAUCGUCACGGCCUGCGAUGAAGUUUACAAGAAGAUCGCCUACUGGCUCAACAGCAUGGAAAAUUAUCGCUUGCAGAGUGCCUAUGAAAAACACCUCAUCAUUAAAAUCGUCUUGGUAAGUUGGACUGAUUGA